AUGGAUCACUCAAGUCUAGAAUACAAGCUCGCAAGGGUUGAAGAACGUAUCAAGACCCUUGAGAAGAUAGUUGUUAUUUCUACCGAAACCCAGGCAGCAAUAUGGAAACAUGUACCCAGCGAAUUAGAUAAAUCUAGGGAUAUAAUAUUCCAACUUCUAGAAGGAAGUCAAAAUAUAACAAUCCCCAGUCAAACUCAGAGCCUCACACGCUACGUUGACAGCCCCCAAGGCUCCGUUGAGACUAGUCGCGACGUCCAAAGUUUCAUUCAAACCAGUUAUGGUGUCCAAAGUUCUAUUGAAACCAGUUAUGGUAUCGAAAGUUCCAAUAACACUAGCCACAGCAUCGAAAGCUUUAAUCAAGCCAGACAGAAAGCAGAAAUUGAAGAGAUGAAGGCCGAGCUGCUUGAAAAAACGGAGGAGAUGAAGGCCGAAUUUCAUGAGAAGACGGAGGAGAUGAAGGCCAAACUGCUUGAGAAGACGGAGGAAUAUAAUAGAGUCCGGAAUCUACUUGAAGAUGAAAGAAAGAAAAGCCGAGUCCUUGUUGGAACUCUUCGAGAUAUUCAAGGUAACAUUAGGGUUUUAUGUAGGAUUCGACCCCCAGGAAAGGACACCCCAGCAGAAGACCUUGUAGACUUUGGUCCGCAAGAAAACGGGGAGUUUUCCUUGCACUGGGGAAAGAUGACUAUCCCCACUACACGAACGAACUAUAAGGGAGAUACAAUCCAGGACACACCGAAAACCUAUGAUUUCGAGCGUAUCUUUGGUUCAUCGGAUACCAACGAGGACGUCUUCGAACAUAUCAGCGACCUUGUUGAAUCUUCAAUGGAGGGCCAAAGGAUCAUAAUGUUCGCUUACGGGCAAACUGGUGCUGGAAAGACAUUUACUCUUAGUCACAAAGGCCCAGACGUUAGACAAAACGGAGUGAUUCCAAGGUCCUUAGAUUUACUGUUUGAGACUAAGCAAAAACUAGCAGAGGAUUUCGAUUAUACGAUUUCGGUAAGCAUCCAAGAAAUUUAUCAGAACAGGAGUCAUGACCUCUUGGGAGCAGUCGAGGCGAAAAAGAGGGAGGGCGAGGUUAGACUUAACUCGGUUCGGAAGCAACAAUUGCACUCCCGUGAAGAGGCUAUGUCAGUGAUAGAUGCUGCGCUGGAAUACAGAGUAGUUUCUACAACUGAUAUGAACGCCGCUAGCUCUCGUUCGCAUCUGAUUCUGUCAUUCGAGAUUCUAAGGAGGUCACGAGGAAAUGUAAGGGAAGUUAAGGCUGGCGUUCUUAAUAUCGUCGACCUCGCGGGGAGCGAGAGGCCAAACGCAAUGGGAUUGACAGACAACCUUCGUAAGGAAGGGAUUAAAAUUAAUAAGUCUUUGAUGAGCUUGACUAGGCUCAUCAAUUGCAUAGCGACCGGUGAGCCUGUCGUUUAUGAUACAGAGCUCGUACGAGCAUUAAGACCUGCUCUCUCACACCAGACAAAGGUCGUCAUGUUUGUCAUGAUCAGCCCCUUGAAGAAGGACCAAGAUGUCUCUUUCCAAACUCUCGAAAGGGGGCGAGAAGCUUCGGCCGCAAAGAUGGCUUCGGCUGACCUUAGCGGGAAGCCUGCCGCGGGUGGUACGUCUUCGUCAAAAGGUACAUCUUCGACAAGAGGUGAUUCUCCAUCAAGGGGCGGAUCUUCGAAAAGAGGUGAUUCUCCAUCAAGGGGCGGGUCUUCGACGAGAGGUAAUACCACACCAAGGGGUACACUUUCGUCAAGGGGUUCGCAAGGCCGCGGCCGGAAGUAA